CUCCCUACUAACACUGUUGCUUUUCUCUCCUUUCCUACGAAAAAGAAAUGAUAAUAAUGUUUCACAAUAAUAUUUUAGAAAAGAAAACAAAAAAGAUCAAAAUCUUCAUCCUAUAAACGUCUCUUCUCUCUUUAAUCACUGCAAGAAACUUAACUACAACUCUCAUUUUUCUCUCAUUCUUCCUCUCUUCUCAUUUUAAUGGCCACCCAAGAUUCCCAAGGGAUUAAACUCUUCGGCAAAACCAUAACAUUCAACGCCAAUAACAAUAAUAAUACGGUACAGACGAUUAAGAAAGAAGAAGGGCAGGACCAGCAGCAGCCAGAGUUACAAACAAAAACAGCCGUUAGAUCACCAUCAUCAUCAUCGGAUCUAACGGCGGAGAAGCGUCCAGACAAGAUCAUAGCAUGUCCGAGAUGCAAGAGCAUGGAGACAAAGUUCUGUUACUUCAAUAAUUACAACGUUAACCAACCAAGACACUUCUGCAAAGGUUGUCAGCGUUACUGGACAGCCGGUGGAGCUCUCCGGAAUGUUCCCGUCGGUGCUGGUCGUCGGAGAUCCAAACCUCCGGGUCGUGUUGGUGGGUUCGCGGAGUUGCUUGGAGCUGCCACUGGAGCCGUUGAUCAGGUAGAGCUUGACGCUUUGUUGGUUGAAGAGUGGCGAGCAGCUGCGUCUCAGGGUGGUUUCCGGCAUGACUUUCCGGUGAAGAGACUCCGUUGCUACACCGAUGGUCAAUCUUGUUGAUUAUAAUAAAUUUUCUUUUUCUUUUUCCUAUUAUUUUUGUUUUGUUUCGGGUUUGGGUUUGGAUUUCCAUUUAACGCGUUAGAAAAGAACGUGGUUAAAUUCGCUUUGAUUUGCUUACUGGAUAUACGUACAGGCUAGCAACAAAAAUUAACUAGUUAGGAUAUUAAUUAUAGUAUACCUGCUUAUCUACUUAACAGCUGUCCCUUAAUUAUAUCAAUUUCUCUUGUUGAUUUUGUUUAGUUGUAAAGUGAAGCUCGUGGGAAUUUUCUUAUAAAAAGAAAGACGGUGCCGUUGACCAUUAAUG